AUGGGUCCGCUAGCUCGUGGUCUUGCCGCCUUGAACUUCCUGGGCUACUUUGGUUCAGCCUCCGUGGUGGCUUUUCCCACGGAUUCAAAAUCAGACUCUGAAGUCUUGAUUUCUGUGAAUGGCCACGUCAAACACCAAGAGCUUGACGGCUUUGGCGCCUCGCAAGCAUUUCAGAGGGCGGAGGACAUUCUUGGAAAAGACGGUCUGUCCAAAGAAGGGACUCAACAUGUACUGGACCUGCUAUUUAGUAAGGAAACUGGUGCAGGCUUUUCCAUCCUGCGUAAUGGGAUUGGUUCAAGCAACAGUUCUGACAAGAACUUCAUGAACUCAAUCGAGCCUUUCUCGCCAGGCUCACCCGGAUCAAAGCCACACUACGUCUGGGACGAAUAUGACAGCGGUCAGCUGAUCGUCGCUAAAGAAGCAUUCAAGCGAGGAUUGAAGUUCCUUUAUGGCGAUGCUUGGUCCGCCCCGGGCUAUAUGAAAACGAAUCACGAUGAAAAUAAUGGAGGGUAUUUGUGCGGUGUUACAGGCGCUACCUGCGCUUCCGGUGACUGGAAGCAGGCUUACGCAGACUACAUGCUUCAAUGGGUUGAGUUUUACCACAAAUCAGGCGUUAAGGUCACCAACCUGGGGUUCCUUAACGAGCCUCAGUUCGCCGCUCCCUACGCCGGCAUGCUUUCCAACGGCACACAGGCUGCCGACUUCAUACGUGUGCUGGGCAAGACGAUCCAAAAGCGAGGUAUUCGUCAUCUUACUAUCGCCUGUUGUGAUGGUGAGGGCUGGGACCUGCAAGAGGACAUGAUGGCUGGUUUGACUGCUGGACCUGAUCCAGCGAUCAACUACCUUAGUGUCGUUACUGGCCAUGGAUACGUUUCACCACCAAACCAUCCACUUUCAACAACAAAGAAGACGUGGCUCACCGACGGCCAGGGCGAAGGUAUGACUUGGGCUGGCCGUAUCCAGACAGCUCUUGUAGAUGCCAACGUCAGCGGAUUUCUCUAUUGGAUCGGAGCCGAGAACUCGACCACCAACAGCGCUCUCAUCAACAUGAUCGGUGACAAGGUCAUUCCAUCCAAGAGGUUCUGGGCCUUUGCAUCCUUUAGUCGGUUUGCUCGCCCCGGUGCUCGACGUAUCGAAGCCACGAGCUCUGUUCCUCUGAUCACAGUCAGUGCCUUUCUGAAUACCGAUGGUACUGUCGCGACACAGGUGCUUAACAAUGACACGAUUGCUCGCGAUGUCCAACUUGUUGUCUCUGGCACGGGCCGAAGUUCUUUUAGCUUGAAGCCCUUUCUGACGGAUAAUUCCAAUGAUUUAACUGCUUUAGAGCACUUAAAGGCCAGUGGAAAAGGUUCUUUUCAGACUACGAUUCCUCCUCGAUCUCUUAUCAGCUUUGUCACAGAUUCAUAA